AUGUCCUCCAGCUCGGCUGCGAGCGACAAGCCGGCGUGGUACAUCUCGCCCAGCCACAUCACCGACCGCUCGGCGAACCCCAUCGGCCGUGGCAUCUUCGGCGAGGUCUAUGUUGGCAAUUACAACGACAUCAAGGUCGUCAUCCGGGAGAUUCCGAGGGUCUAUCAGCAGAGAGAGCCUGUCGCGUUUCGUCACCUUACCAAAAGAUGGCAUGACUUGAGCCAUCCUCAUGUUCUCUCGCUCCUUGCGGCAUGCGACCAAGACGCCGACGGGAGGUCCGUCCAGCCUUUCAUUGUCUCAUCGUUCAUGCCCAAUGGCACCCUCCGCGACUAUGUCUCCGAUCCGAACACCGUCCGGCCCCUCACCGAGAAACUCAAGCUGCUCACGCAAGUGGCUUCGGGCAUGUCCUACCUGCACGACCACAGCAUUCUCCACGGCAACCUCAAGGCACAGAACAUUCUACUCGACGGUGAUUUUCAAUCGGUUGUUUCCGAUUUUGGCUUUAUCUAUGCUCACCAAACCCCUCCUUCGCCUCCAAGCGCACUCGCAGGCUCCUCGUUGGACUACAUAGCUCCCGAGAUGCUUGAUGAUGAGGAACCGUCCGGCCACACCAAAAAGACGGACGUCUUUGCCUUUGCCAUCACCAUGUAUGAGACCCUGAACGACGGCAAGGAUACUUGGGUCACUGCCGACGGCGAGCCCAUGCGCCCCCGGGUGAUUGAGAUGCAGAUUUGUAGGGGAAACCGUCCAGCGAAGAUCAACGAUCUCCCGAACGACGUUUGGGGCCUUAUCGAACACUGUUGGCACCAGGAUCCCCGAGCAAGACCAACCUUUGCUGAGGCUCUGGCUCGGCUG